ACAACCGCGCAUGGCAACUGCAGCAGCGUAGUGCCACAGGCGUCGCAGGCGCCUGUAGAGCCCUCUGUCGAGGCACGAAAACACCAAAAUUUUCAUGAGCAAUGUUUUGAGUAGUGCUAAACCAAUUCGUUUCGCUUUUAAUUUCCUUUCGUUUUCUUGUAUCCGGCCUCGCAGGGACUCCCCGUAUCCUCAGAACCUUUGAACGUCGAGAUGAGAGCGACGGCCCGGAGCUAUCGCCCCGUGGAGUCCGAGUAAACGGGAUGACCCAUGGCUGCCGAAUCUGGAGGAAAGAGCGAAAAUGUCGUCUUGGAACCUUACAUCCACCAGGUCGGGGGACGGUCGUCGAUGCUCUGUCUUGAUGAGUUGACGCUCUGCAAACCACUGAUACUGCAGGAACUUAAAUUCUACGAAAACCUCCCGGAUGUUCUCAAACCUUUCACAUCCGAAUACAAAGGUGUCGUUGAAGUGGCGUUACUGGAGGACCCCGAUGGCUACCUGACACUGACAGCGCAUCCCUCGUACGACCUCCUGAAGAAUGGCUGUGCCUCUAGUCAUACCAUCGAGGGCACCGAAAGCCUCACGAGCCUCAAGGCCAGAAAGUACAGGAUGCGCUGGCAGAAGGCCGGCAGCAUCGAGAUUGAGCCGGUUCUGAUGGACGGCACGCAGCUCUUUGAGGAGGAUGAUGGCAAGGACAGCUUCACGACGCACAACCCGUGGAUCGUUCGCUGCCACAACCUGCAGAUUCAACGAUUCCUCUCGUCAUCUGGGAGCCCCAGAGAGUUCCUGCUCCUGGAGAAUUUGACGGCCCGUUACACGUUUCCCUGUAUCCUGGACCUGAAGAUGGGCACCCGGCAGUAUGCAGACGACGCUUCUGAAGAGAAGCGCCGAAGCCUUGACGCCAAGACGGCCGCCACCACUUCGAGUCCACUCGGGCUCCGGAUUUGCGGCAUGCAGGUGUACCAACAGAACCUUGGCUACUACAAGUGCCACAACAAGUAUUUUGGCCGGUCCCUUAACGUGGAAGGCUUCCGGCAGACCCUGUGCCAUUUCCUGCACGAUGGCAUCCGCUUUCGCUUUGACAUUCUGCUGCCCCUCAUUGACCGGCUCCAAGCACUCACCAAGGCAAUAGAGCAGCUGGAAUGUUUUCGUUUCUACACGAGCUCACUUCUCAUCCUGUACGAGGGCAAAGGACCCGACGGGAACUCAAACGACUGCAGCGAGGCGCCACCGCCGCCGCCAACCAAGGAGACCGCGUUCACCAAAAAGUCGCCACCGUCGCCGGUGGAUGUCAGGAUGAUCGACUUUGCCCACUCGGUGUACAGCCCAAAGGACGAAGGGCCCGAUGAGGGCUAUCUGUUUGGCCUGAGGAACCUCAUCAUGCAGCUGCAAAUUCUGAAGCAGGACAACCUGAGUGCCGCUGCGGAGGCCCUGCAACUGAAGUGUGAUAACGCUUCCACAAAGAAAAUAGAAGUGGCUUCAAGAGCAACAAACAAGUGAAACGUUCGCACAACCGAGAGUGGUUGGUACGAAAAAUCUUUGAGUCGGGUGCUGGUUCUGCUGAGUGAUUCCUGGCAUUGACAUAAUGCAGUAGCGGUUCAGUGGAAGAAUGACUACCAUGGGAAAAGUAUGAGUAGCUGAGCCAAGUGAACGGCUAGAAGCUCUAAGAACAAAUGAAUCAAGGUUGAGUGUUGCAUGUUUCAUCUAGUUAUGACUAGAUCGGAGUCUUGCGUAUUGGAAAAAUCGUGUGCUGAUUGGCUCACUAAUGGCUGUGAACUGUCGGUUAGUUGUUCUUGCAAAGAUGUACAUGGCUUUGGAUUUUCCAUGGCUGCACCCCCAAGCUUAGAAGGUUUCAGCAUUGCCUGUUCUACUGGCCUUCAAAUGAUCAGCAGAAGAAGCAGAGGAUAAUCGGG